AUCUUAAAAACGCAGUGGUUAGCAACGCUGUUGAGGGCGUAUGGACUUGGUCGGCCGUAGGUCAGUGAGCAGCACUGUUAAUUCCUCUAGUCUGGAACAGAUUGUAGAGACGCAGUUAUCAUUUCAGUCUAAUAGGCUCGCGAUUUUCCUUCGUUCCAUUUUUCAACUGAAGGCCUUUCACUGAAAAGUGGGUGUCUCCUCACUACUGGUGUUCAGACAGCGGCGAGUGCAGAAGUGUGUCCUCGAUGGCAGGGUGGAAGGACGGCUCGGUGCAGGAGAAGUAUCGACUGGUUGUGGUUGGAGGUGGUGGUGUCGGAAAGUCAGCCCUAACUAUACAAUUUAUCCAGUCCUACUUUGUCACUGACUAUGAUCCCACGAUUGAAGACUCGUAUACGAAGCAGUGUGUCAUUGACGAGAGGGCGGCCCGGCUUGACAUCCUGGACACGGCCGGACAGGAAGAGUUUGGAGCCAUGAGAGAACAAUACAUGAGGACAGGGGAGGGCUUCCUGCUUGUCUUCUCAGUCACUGACAGAGGAAGCUUUGAAGAAAUCUACAAAUUUCAAAGACAGAUCCUCAGAGUCAAAGACCGGGAUGAAUUUCCCAUGAUCCUUGUAGGCAAUAAAGCAGACCUGGAGCUUCAGAGACAGGUGACCCAGGAGGAGGGCCAGCAGCUGGCCAGACAGCUCAAGGUGACGUAUAUGGAGGCCUCAGCCAAAAUCCGUAUGAAUGUAGACCAGGCUUUCCACGAGCUGGUUAGAGUAAUCAGGAAAUUCCAGGAACAGGAAUGCCCGCCCUCGCCAGAACCCACGCGGAAAGAAAAGGACAAGAGUGGCUGCCAUUGUGUGAUCGUCUGAGUGGGCCUUAUCACUGUCAGUCACCCAGCUGCUGUCACCAGUCCCCGCCUCCUGCCUGACAUGACAUCUUGUAUGGAUGACUGAGUGCUGCCUUCUCCACGUGCAUGACUUCAACAGAGGUUCCUGUGGUAGCAACCAGGAACUGCCCCCGCCCCCAGACUUCACUUCUAGAAGAAACUGACAACGCCAAACUCCUCUUGACCUUCAACAAUAAUCCAAUUCAUAUGAGAAAGUCCUAACACUAAACAUUGCCAUCAGCUAAACAAUAUCAUUUUUUGUAUUCUGAAGGACUUUUUCUUGCCUUGCAGUGACAUUUGUACUUUUUGCCGAGAUUGAAUGAGAAAUAUAUACAUCCAGAAUGUCAAUGAGAGGUUUACUAGUUACCAGUUUCUCAUCAGAAUAGAGAGGUGAUCUUAUGAAGCUCUGUGUAUGUCAUGCCAUAUCCGUUUUUACUUCCAUGUGCUCAUCCGCUACUGUACAUAAGUGACAUUUGUUGUGAUUUUGAAAGCGCAUUUGUAAUGACUUAUUAAAUCGCCACAGUACAGCGUG